AUGGGUCACGAAGACGCCGUUUACCUCGCCAAGCUGGCCGAGCAGGCCGAGCGCUACGAGGGCACGUAUACAUGGUCACCGAGAAUGGUUGAAAACAUGAAGAUCGUCGCAUCUGAGGACCGCGAUCUUACCGUCGAGGAGCGGAACCUUCUUUCGGUCGCCUACAAGAACGUUAUUGGCGCUCGCCGUGCGUCGUGGAGGAUCGUCACCUCGAUCGAGCAGAAGGAGGAGUCCAAGGGCAACUCGACUCAGGUCGGCCUCAUCAAGGAGUACCGUCAGAAGAUUGAGGCUGAGCUCGCUAAGAUCUGCGAGGACAUCCUUAGUGUUUUGGACGAGCACCUCAUCCCCUCUGCUAAGUCUGGCGAGUCCAAGGUCUUUUACCACAAGAUGAAGGGUGACUACCACCGCUACCUUGCCGAGUUCGCUGUUGGCGACAAGCGCAAGGAGUCUGCCGACCUGUCCCUGGAGGCCUACAAGGCUGCGACCGAAGUUGCCCAGACCGAGCUGCCGCCCACUCACCCCAUCCGCCUGGGUCUUGCCUUGAACUUCUCCGUCUUUUACUACGAGAUCCUCAACGCACCCGACCAGGCCUGCCACCUGGCCAAGCAGGCAUUCGAUGAUGCCAUUGCUGAGCUUGACACAUUGAGCGAGGAGAGCUACAAGGACAGCACUCUUAUUAUGCAGCUCCUUCGCGACAACCUGACGCUCUGGACCUCGUCCGAGGCCGAGGCCCCCGCCGCUGCGAGUGGCGACGCUGCCCAGCAGGAAGAGCCGAAGGCUGAGGAGGCUGCGGAGGAGCCUAAGGCCGAGUAA